UUCACACAGGAAGAGGUUUGGUUCCAGCAACAAACAUGGCGAGCUCCUGAUGUCUCCUGUUUCACAUUGGAAUACUGUUGUAUAAUUUAGCCCAAUCAGGGCAUUAACUGCAAAUAUCAUACGGGCAGUCCUACUACGGAUCUAUUGAAGAUGUUUCUGACAACUGUGAACCUGGCAAAGAGCAAAUCCAAGACCAUCCUGGUGCAGAUGCUGAGUGCGGCGGGAACUGGCUACUGCUUCAACGUCAAGAGGCCGCGCCUCAAGGACAAGAUGGUGUUGAGGAAGCACGACCCCCUCGUCAACAAGCAUGUGCUGUUCUUCGAAAAGAAGAAGAUCCGGUCCCUGUAGAGACGGUUGAACACCUGACAUGGUCUACAAGGUGGAUUGAGGCAUCUCAGCAGUUUCCAUCCGCCUCAAUGCUUGUGCCAGGUGUAUGAGCUUAGUGUUUGUCAGCGACAACAACAGACUUUACUUUGCUGUCACUGUCUUUGCUGAUGGUCCAUUUUUUGUUUAUAUUUAUGAUAUGUGGUUUUUUUUUUCUUCUCUGUCUUAUUUCUGGUAGACUUGAAGCGAUUCUUUAACUUUACUGAAGUCUACCAAGACAAGUGAUCAAGCAUAAAAACCAUCAAGAAUGUUCAUGUGAAUGAAUAAAACAUUUUAUAAUAAUAAUGACAAU